AGCACUUCACAGAGAGAGACCGAGGAGCAGCCCUGAGCCCUUGGCUGUGGGGGGUGGGGGAACUGACUCAAUUGGCCCCCCUCCCUCGUGCCGAUGGGGCAGCCCCCACACCCAUGGGCGCUGGCACCCCGGCAGGCCCCCGGGUUUUGGAAAAGGAAGCUGCAGCCCGGCUGCGCCUGACCGGAGCCGGCUAAGGAUGCGCUCUGGGCGCAGGGACCCGCUGGCCCCCGGGCCGGGAGGCGAUGUUUAGGCAGCGACCCCCCAGAGGCUGCCGGGGCCACCCUGGCCGCGGGCCCGCCGGGACGCCCCUGCUCGCCGCGCCCCUCCCCGGGCCGUGGCGCGUCCCCCGAGCCGCGCAGUAUUUCCUUCCUGCACCUUUAAGAAGACCGUUGCUCCGUGGUGGGAUGGUGUGUUAAAGCCACACAGAGGAAGUUACGCAGCCCGGAUCAGACCGAGAGAUAAAAGCCCCGAUGGUGAUCGUGAGUGAUGGCAAGAGGAUUUAGCCUCGGCAUUAACUUGGAGCGGAGUGCAGCGGGGCAGUGAAGCGCCCGCCAUCUGGCCCACGCCGCGCCGGGGGGAUGCCCCGGCUCCCCGACGAGCCGCUGCGAAGCCCACCCGGGCCGGGGGCUGCCCGGCGCCCGAGCGCGGGUCCUCCCCGGGCCGCCCAGGGGGGCCAAAAAGUUUGCACUUGUUAGCGGCGACCUCCCGCUCGGCCCGGGCGGGCGAUGCUGGCGGCGCGGGCGGCCCCCUCCCCCGGCCCGCGUCUCCGGGACGGCUGCGGGCGGACCCCCCGGCGGCCGGAGGGCUCCCCGGCCCCGAUCUGACGGCGGCGGCGGCGGCGGCCACAGCGGCGGGAGCGGCGCGGGGAAGGAGCAGCGGCUCGCAGCCCUUGGCCCGCGCCCCCACCCAGCGCCAGCCCGAGGGGGGAGGCUCAGCGCCGGAGGGUGGCGGUCCUUGGCCCUCCCGGGUCUCCGCGCCGGGAAGCCGCUCCGAGCCGGGGCUUGCCCGGGCCCGGGAGCCACUUACAGCGGCCCGGCAAAGGCUUGGAUGCAAAAGUUGUUUGGUGGCGGCUGCUACGAGCUGAGGACUGGAGUCGCCCCAGAGGGGUGUGUGAGGAGCCACCCCCAUCCCGUGCCCUCCCAUCUCUCUGCAAACUGGGAGCCCGUGAGUUGCACAGAGAAACUCCCGGCCAGCCCGGCCGCGGCUGGAAACUUCUCCCGGCGCCAGGAGGGGGUCAGGAGAUUGUGCCUAUGAUUGGGGAGCUGUUUCUCAGUGCCUGGCUCUUCAUGGUUGGCCAGCACGUGGAGCACUCUGUUCAUCUGUACAUAUAGGUGUUGUUGCUAAUGAGCUCUCUCUCUCCUCCCCUCUUACAAUGAAAGACAAGUCAGACCCCAGGUACCUGGAUGGAUUGAGAGCUGAGAUCUCAGAAACUUCAUAAUAAGUUGCCGAUGGCUACCAGCCAAGGCUGGAGGGUUGUUUUGCCAUUGUGUUGAGCACGUCACCCGUUAAGAGCCCUUUAAAGACCUGGAUUGAUUGGAAGGACAAAAAUUAAAAGCAAUCUGAUCUGGCCUCAUGCAGGAUCCCUGCGGAUUUUCUCCUUAUCCCAUUUCCAUCCACUGUCACAAUUUGAGAAUCUGCCUGAUUUGAUCAGAUUCACCUCCGGGGGAGGUGUGAUGCCAAGGUUAGGAGGACGUGAAGUUAUGGGCAACUUUCUGAUCUGUCCAUCAGCAGUCUGAGAAACGCUGGCUCUGAAUUUUCCGUGUUGGCCUUUUGGAAACAACAAGUUCCUCGCUGUUUGCAAAGCUUCAGUGCUCGGGUCCCUGAGACACCCCGGCCACCCUCGCCUGGUAGAUGUGGCAUUUCCAUGCUGAGUCCGCGAGUCCCACCUGACCCCGUCGCUGCCUCUCCAGGGCUUCUCUGGGCCGCGCCCCUGCAGACUGUGCAGCCAUGCUGCACCUGCUGGCGCUCUUCCUGCACUGCCUCCCUCUGGCCUCUGGGGACUACGACAUCUGCAAAUCCUGGGUGACCACAGAUGAGGGCCCCACCUGGGAGUUCUACGCCUGCCAGCCCAAGGUGAUGCGCCUGAAGGACUACGUCAAGGUGAAGGUGGAGCCCUCAGGCAUCACGUGUGGAGACCCCCCUGAGAGGUUCUGCUCCCAUGAGAAUCCCUACCUAUGCAGCAACGAGUGUGACGCCUCCAACCCGGACCUGGCCCACCCGCCCAGGCUCAUGUUCGACAAGGAGGAGGAGGGCCUGGCCACCUACUGGCAGAGCAUCACCUGGAGCCGCUACCCCAGCCCGCUGGAAGCCAACAUCACCCUUUCGUGGAACAAGACCGUGGAGCUGACCGACGACGUGGUGAUGACCUUCGAGUACGGCCGGCCCACGGUCAUGGUCCUGGAGAAGUCCCUGGACAACGGGCGCACGUGGCAGCCCUACCAGUUCUACGCGGAGGACUGCAUGGAGGCCUUCGGCAUGUCCGCCCGCCGGGCCCGCGACAUGUCGUCCUCCAGCGCGCACCGCGUGCUCUGCACCGAGGAGUACUCGCGCUGGGCGGGCUCCAAGAAGGAGAAGCACGUGCGCUUCGAGGUGCGGGACCGCUUCGCCAUCUUUGCCGGCCCCGACCUGCGCAACAUGGACAACCUCUACACGCGGCUGGAGAGCGCCAAGGGUCUCAAGGAGUUCUUCACCCUCACCGACCUGCGCAUGCGGCUGCUGCGCCCGGCACUGGGCGGCACCUAUGUGCAGCGGGAGAACCUCUACAAGUACUUCUACGCCAUCUCCAACAUCGAGGUCAUUGGCAGGUGCAAGUGCAACCUGCACGCCAACCUGUGCUCCAUGCGCGAGGGCAGCCUGCAGUGCGAGUGCGAGCACAACACCACCGGCCCCGACUGCGGCAAGUGCAAGAAGAAUUUCCGCACCCGGUCCUGGCGGGCCGGCUCCUACCUGCCGCUGCCCCACGGCUCUCCCAACGCCUGUGCUGCUGCAGGUUCCUUUGGCAGCAUCAGCAGGUCCCAGAAAGACCCUGACCCCAAAGGCCCUGUGGCCACUGCGGCCACCACAGCCAUGACAGGGGCCCCCACUGCUCCUGUCCCCUCCACGUCCACUGCCUGGGCCCCCACGACUCCCAGCACCCCACAGCCCACAGAGUGGACCAGGCCAUCUACAGCUGCCCCUCUCUCGAGCAGGUGGUCCCAGGUGGCCGCCCGUGCAGAAGCUGUGGGCACCCCUGCCGCUGCCCCUGCCCCUGCCCCUGCCAAGGGCUACAAACUUUUCCAGCUCAAGCCCAAAUCUCCUCAAGUGAUGCCUAUUGAAGAAUUCCAAGACUGCGAAUGCUAUGGUCACUCCAACCGCUGCAGCUACAUUGACUUCCUGAACGUGGUGACCUGCGUCAGCUGCAAGCACAACACGCGAGGUCAGCACUGCCAGCACUGCCGGCUGGGCUACUACCGCAACGGCUCGGCAGAGCUGGACGAUGAAAACGUCUGCAUUGAGUGUAACUGCAACCAGAUAGGCUCCGUGCACGACCGGUGCAACGAGACCGGCUUCUGCGAGUGCCGCGAGGGCGCGGCGGGCCCCAAGUGCGACGACUGCCUCCCCACGCACUACUGGCGCCAGGGCUGCUACCCCAACGUGUGCGACGACGACCAGCUGCUGUGCCAGAACGGAGGCACCUGCCUGCAGAACCAGCGCUGCGCCUGCCCGCGCGGCUACACCGGCGUGCGCUGCGAGCAGCCCCGCUGCGACCCCGCCGACGAUGACGGCGGUCUGGACUGCGACCGCGCGCCCGGGGCCGCCCCGCGCCCCGCCACCCUGCUCGGCUGCCUGCUGCUGCUGGGGCUGGCGGCCCGCCUGGGCCGCUGAGCCCCGCCCGGGGGACGCUCCCUGCACCCGGAGGCCGGGGGUCCCGGGGUCCCGGGGCGGGGGCGGCGUCCGAGGCCGGGCGGCGAGAAGGGUGCGGCCCGAGCUGCUCCCAGGUGCUACUCAGCAGGGCCCCCCGCCCGGCCCGCGCUCCCGCCCGCACUGCCCUCCCCCCGCAGCAGGGGCGCCUUGGGACUCCGGUCCCCGCGCCUGCGAUUUGGUUUCGUUUUUCUUUUGUAUUAUCCGCCGCCCAGUUCCUUUUUUGUCUUCUCUCUUUUUUUUUUUUUUCUGGCGGUGAGCCAGAGGGUCGGGAGAAACGCUGCUGGCCCCACACCCCGUCCUGCCUCCCACCACACUUGCACACACGGGACUGUGGCCGACGGCCCCUGGCCUGUGCCAGGCUCACGGGGGGCGGCGGACCCCGACCUCCAGUUGCCUACAAUUCCAGUCGCUGACUUGGUCCUGUUUUCUAUUGUUUAUUUUUCCUGCAACCCACCAGACCCCAGGCCUCACCGGAGGCCCGGUGGCCACGGAACUCACCGUCUGGGGGAGGAGGAGAGAAGGAAGGGGUGGGGGGCCUGGAAACUUCGUUCUGUAGAGAACUAUUUUUGUUUGUAUUCACUGUCCCCUGUAGCGGGGACGGGGCGGGAGCGCUGGUCACCGCGGGGGCCGAUGGUGGAGAAUCCGAGGAGUAAAGAGUUUGCUCACUGCUGCCUCCACGGCCUGUUUUCUUUCUGUGUUGGGGACGCUGGGCAGGUGUGGGGCUUAGAGAGGAAUCCACAACAGAGCCUUAAAGAAACGGUUUCCCUAUUGGGGCCACCAUUUCCCUGGGCCUUUCUGUGGAUUCCAGCAGGCAGUCCCCCCUCCCCGCAGGCUUGGCUGGCAGAGUUCUCCACCCCGCGGCCAGGCUGCAGGUGCCCCACCUGUUAGGAGCCUCCCCACACUGAGAGGCUGCCUCCCUCCUUUCCCAAAAAAGAAAUCCGGAGUGUAUUGGCCCUUUUCUACAGAAGUCCAAGGGAAAUGACUCAGGGAGGAUCCUAGCAGAGGUUGAAUCCAAUGCUCUGAUUUAUACUCUGUCUCGGUGGCCACCUCCGAUGGAUGUAUCAUCUCAGACCUGUUGCAGCCGGAGCCUCAAGUCCAAUAUCAGGUGAAGCUGAACCCACAAUUCAGCCACAGCCUCCUUCCAGAGCUUCAGAUGGCCAGGUGGGCAGAGGCGGGCAGUGCAGAGACCCCAGGCGUGCUGGCCCUGUCCUCCCUACCUUCUCAAUAUUAGGGAGGGGUGCUAGAGGGGACAGGGGCAGCUUGGGAGUGGUGAGAGGAAGCUCCUAGAUUCGGGGCUCAUCCCCUGAGGCCUCUGCUUCGGGGGAUCCAGCAGUUCUCCCAGCCCUGCUUGGUGUCUCCAGCCCUGGGGCCACACUUCCCCCUCAGUCCAGCCUCCUGUCCACCUAUGUGUAUUUCAGAGCAGUGCCGGGGGUCUGGUCCCGGUUGCUAACUUCUCCCACUGCUCCACCUGCAGGUGCUCCCAGCACUGGCUUCUGCCACCACACCUGUUCUUUCCCGGCUGCAAGGUUUAGACCUGGGUCCUUCCCUUGAGUCCCCAAAGCUAAGCUAAGACCAAGUGGAACAAACUUGGCCUUGGGGACAGCAGGAGAUUACAACACAGAAAAGGAGAUUACAGCGGGACACUGCAUAGGACUCACAGGGUCCCGAGCCCACACACCAGCCCCUCCUGGCCUCCUCUCUCUGCUGCCACCACCAGCACCCUGCUGACCUGGAAGUGCCUUCCUCCAGGCCCUGCAUUCUCCUGCAGCUGGCCCAUCUCUACCCUCACAUUCUUCCUUACGCACAGAACCCCACUGCCUGGGACCCAAAGUGCCCAGAUAAAAUCAAACACCUCUCUGGGGCUUCUUGUGGAUAGGAGUGGCUAGGGGAUACAGCUCUGGGUAGUGAGAUGUAAGCAGGAGUGAUGGGUGGGCUUCCAGAACGUUCUUAAAAGUCAUCCCUUCCUCCACGCCCCACAAAGCCUCAGUUGUCCAAGUUUGUGGCUCUGGUUUUUCUCUCUCAUUCCUCCCUCUGCUCUUCAGUCAGCAGGAUGGGGAAGGAGCCUUCUUGAGACACUGAGCAUAAGAGUGUCACCCUCAGGACAGUGAAGCGGGUGGAAGUUGCAGAGCCUGGGACACCAGCCUUGGCUGCAACCUCUGCACUGCUUUUAUUUAUCUACUUAUUUUUAUAGAGUUGAGGUCUCACUAUGUUGCCCAGGCUGGUCUUAAACUCCUAGGCUUAAGUGAUCCUCCGGCCUUGGCCUCCCAAAGUGCUGAGAUUACAGGCGUGA